GUACAAAGGCUUCAUCAAGGACUGCCCCAGCGGGCAGCUGGACGCAGCAGGCUUCCAGAAGAUAUACAAGCAGUUCUUCCCGUUUGGAGACCCCACCAAGUUCGCCACAUUUGUGUUCAACGUCUUUGAUGAAAACAAGGAUGGGCGGAUUGAGUUCUCUGAGUUCAUCCAGGCGCUGUCGGUCACCUCGAGGGGAACCCUGGAUGAGAAGCUGCGGUGGGCCUUCAAGCUCUACGACUUGGAUAACGACGGCUACAUCACCAGGGACGAGAUGCUGGAUAUAGUGGACGCCAUUUACCAGAUGGUGGGGAACACCGUGGAACUCCCCGAGGAAGAGAACACCCCCGAGAAGCGGGUGGACCGAAUCUUCGCCAUGAUGGACAAGAAUGCCGACGGGAAGCUGACGCUGCAGGAGUUCCAAGAAGGAUCCAAGGCGGACCCGUCCAUCGUGCAGGCGCUGUCCCUCUACGACGGGCUGGUAUAGUCCAAGGC